UAUCAAUACAUCUUCUCUGUUCAACUAUAGUUGGUGAUUUCUGCUCUAAUGGAUAAAGAAGAAGUACAUACACAAAGCGUAUAACUAUACCAUUCAAGGGUUGGUGAUGUAGCUGACUCAAUACCAAUACAUUAUUACACCUAUUUCAAUACGGUUUGUCAGAAGUCGAUUACAUUCUGAAAGUUUACUUGAAUUUUUCAGUUAUUGAGUUGCUAAGAAAAUCGGUUUUGAUCUAUACAAAAUGAAUUUUUUGUAUGUGAUGACUUUGAUGCUUCUUGUAAGUUCUGCUUCCUCACAAGUUGUCAAUCAGUGUUCACCAAACCCAUGUCUUAAUGGAGGAAUCUGUUUCUUAAGUUCAUCAAAUGUGGGAGAGUAUGUUUGUCUUUGCACUAACGGCUUUUUCGGAACUAAUUGCGAAGCUUUUGAUGUGAGUAACAAUGGAACCUGCCCAGACUGCUAUACUGGUGACAACUGCGAAAUCUUUUUAAAUGCUUGCACCAACCAUCUGUGUCAAAAUAGAGCUGCUUGUGUUCAGGUUGCUGGUUCCUGUACAGCUUACACAUGUUCCUGUCCUAGUUGCUACACUGGGCAAUUUUGUGAAACUCUGUUAAGUCCUUGCAGGAACAAUGCAUGUCAAAAUGGAGCUGCUUGUGUUCAGGUUUCUGGUUCCUGUACAGCUUACACAUGUACCUGUCCUAAUUGCUACACUGGGCAAUUUUGUGAAUCUUUGUUAAAUGUUUGCUACAACAAUGCGUGUCAGAAUGGAGCUGCUUGUGUCCAGGUUGCUGGUUCCUGUACAGCUUACACAUGUUCCUGUCCUAUUUGCUUCACUGGGCAAUUUUGUGAAACUUUGUUAAAUGCUUGCAACAACAAUGCCUGUCAAAAUGGAGGUGCUUGUGUUCAGGUUGCUGGUUCCUGUACAGCUUACACAUGUUCCUGUCCUAUUUGCUACACUGGGCAAUUUUGUCAAACUUUUUCUAAUGGCUGUACCAAUAACCGAUGUCUGAAUGGAGGUGUAUGUCAUGCUUCAUCUACCUCAUGUACUGCAUUUACAUGUAGCUGUCGUUCUGGAUUUUCUGGAACACUUUGUGAAACAGGUAAUCUUGGACUUUGCAGUACGCAACCAUGUCAAAAUGGUGGCACAUGUUUCACCGAGUUUAAUAACGGCGAUUACUUUUGCCAGUGCCUUAGUGGCUAUAGUGGCACUAACUGCGAGACCCCAGUAUCUUGUGCAUUAUUUCCGUGUCAAAAUGGUGGCCAGUGUCUCCCCGCAACUAGUGGUGGUUAUGUUUGCCAGUGUGUGAGUGGAUUUACAGGCACUAACUGUGAGACGUUAGGUGUUCUGCCAUGUGAUAGCAGUCCUUGUCACAAUGGAGGAACCUGCACUAAUACCAACAGUGGUCAUAUGUUCUCUUACAUAUGUGAUUGUCCGGAUAAUUGGCAAGGAGCGACUUGUGAGAAUC